AAAAGUAAAAGUCAGUGAAAAUGAUCCGUAAAAGCCUAACUAAUAUAAUCAAUAAAGCAUGGGACUGCAAAAUUUCACAAACAAGACAUUCAGCACUUUUUAUAAAUGGGGCAAAGGCAACUGAACACUUUGUUUAUGUAACACCACAUAUUGAUUUUAGUGAGAAAAUUCAGCACAAAGAAACUCUUUUAAAAGAAUUACUAAGAAGAAAGGCUAAUAUUGACUUGGUUCGGGUAGAAAACCUCUGGCAAGUGUAUGAGGACUUAAAUACAAGAAAACUAGAGUAUACUAAAAGAAAAGACGAAAUUUCUAGAGAAUUAGGCAAACUUAUCAAAAGCGAACCUGACAGUGAUAAUACAAAGAAACUUAAAAUACAAAGUGACAUCAUGAGAGAUAACUUAAAAAAGUUAAAAGCACCUUUAUGGUCAGCUGAAGAAGCUGCUAUUGUUGAAGUUUUGAAAUUACCAAACAGUUUACAUUCUCGCACUCCAGAUGAUGGAUCUAAAGUAUUAUACACACAUCUUGAACCUCCAACAAAUGCUAAAAACCAUCUUAUAAUAGGCAAAGACCUCAAUAUUAUUGACUUUAAAAAGAAUGAAAACUACUAUUUAAAAGGCGACGCUGCUCUAUUUGAACUUGGCGCAAAAUUUUAUUUUGACAAGAUACUGAAAGAAAAUAAAUACAUUCAAUUUUCAAAUCCAGACUUCGUUAAAAGUUUAGUUGUUGAAGGAUGUGGUUUUGAGCAUACAAGUCCAGAUUCCACCUUUAUUUUACACCAUAAUGAGGAUUCAGCAGUAAAUAUUGAUAACCGCAUGCACUUGGUUGGCGGUGCAUCCCUGUGCUCAUUUCUUGCGUACCACGCUAAGAAUGUCUUGUAUCCUAAAGUACUGCCUUUAAAAUACUUCACUAUGGGCAGGCAGUACUUACCAUCACCAUGUGAUGAAGACAGCCUGUUCCAUGUCAGUCAGUCAUCAGUUAUAGAGUUCUUUGGGGCUGCUAAAACUGCUGAUGAUGUUGAUAAAAUACUUGAAGACCUGACAGGUAUUUUGAAAGAUGCUUAUGGAAAGCUCGGAUUUCAUUUUCGAUUAGUAUUAAUACCAGCUGAAAAGCUACAUAUGUGGGAGUCGCUAAGGCUUGCGGUUCAGAUGUACUCCACAUCUUUAAAAGAUUAUAUAGAGGUUGCGAAUGUUUCAAUAAGUGGAGAUUUUAUAAGCAAAAGAUUGAUGUUCAUGUAUGUUGAAGAUAAACAAAAUAAGUUUCCUCAUUUAAUUUCCGGUACAUUAUUGAAUGUACCUAAGUUUUUGGCUUGUGUGUUAGAGCAAGAUGUUGAUUUCUCUGUGCCUGAUUUAUUUAAAGUUCGUAAUUGGGCAGUUUAGAAAUAAAGUAAAAUAUAAUAGAUAAUGUUAUAUGUCAAUAAUAAGUUCCACUUCAAAUUACGCAACAUUGUAAACCAUGAAAUAAAACGCUCAUUGGUCCUUCGUGGCUAAGGUUCAACCUGUAAAGUUCAACCUCAGACUUGAAGUUUUCCAUCAAAACUUUCCUAUUAUUGUACUAGAGUAUAGGGAAGAUAUAUUGUAAAAUAAAAAUACAAAUUGUAUUUAAAUAA